AUGUUCGCCAUCGACGGUCUCCAUUUUGAGAGAGCUUGUUGGAUCCGCUGAGCGUCGUCCCGUCUAAACGCCAACGCGAACACAAAUAAGUCCAAGUUAGCCGACAAACAGCUCGCUAACCAAGUUACUAUCCGAAAGGAAAGCAAAUCUUAUCGUAUGUCCGCUAUCCAGAACCUCCAAACUUAUGACCCCUUUGCUGAUGCAACUAAGGGUGAUGACCGCAUCCCAGCCGGGACAGAGGACUCCAUCCACAUAAGAAUUCAACAGCGGAACGGCAGGAAGACCCUCACUACUGUCCAGGGCAUCGCCGCCGACUAUGACAAGAAGAAGCUAGUCAAGGCCUUCAAAAAGAAGUUCGCCUGCAAUGGGACAGUGAUCGAGCACCCGGAGUAUGGUGAAGUGAUCCAACUUCAGGGAGACCAGCGCAAGAAUAUUUGCCAGUUCCUCGUUGAGAUUGACCUGGCCAAGGAAGAGCAGCUCAAAGUCCACGGCUUCUAGAAGCAACCGGCAGCCCCGGCACCUGGAAGACCAUCAACCCACACCCCCACCCCUCUCCUAUGUGCUGCUGUUGCUCUUCCUCCCCCCAGUCUCCUCCCUCCCUCCAUGCAGCCCAGGCUUCUGCUAGCUAAGGGGGGGCUUGCCCUCUAACAUGGGACUCUGUACCACCACUGCCGCCCCACACCACCAGGGGGCAGACGCGCUAUGGCGUAGACACACCAUGGUUCCAUGCGACAUCAGGGAUGACUGGUGAUGGCGUCUACACACUUCCUCCUUCCUUGUUCCUUUCAUUUUCUUCCUUUUAGGUCUGUGCCUCGAUGACAAGGCACUAUUCAUGUAACUUUUUUUGUUUUGUACUAUAAGGUGUUUCAAUAAAACGAUGAGUCUC